AACGUCCGAACAAAGGUUGUUGACAAGUGUAUGAGUGUCGGCCAAUCUACAUACACUAUGAAUAUCUGUAUCAAGAAAAAUAGUUGAUCUGCUAGUUACAAAAUGUAAAACAUUGCCAGACUGUUGUAAAAUGAUAUAACUUUGUUAUUAACUUAGGUAUUUACAAGCAAUAGUAAUAUGUAAAAUGCCAACAUUUAGUCGAAUCGGACGUGCCAGUGAUUACACCUAACAUCGCUACACAUCAGAGGGUGAGAUUACUCUGAUUUGCAUGAUUGUAUGGAUAAUAACACACAAUAUACAUCCGGCAAAGGAGAUGACCACGAUUCUUAAAUAUUAUCUACUUAUCGCUUGGCUAAAGUUUGGAAUUGGAGACGCUAACACGUGUUCAUUUGAUCUGUGUUUCCCCCGAUCAAAUAGCUUGAAUUGCUGGCCAAAUUAGUUUGCCAGCUUCCAUGAAAAUGAAAGCUAAGUAUGAAAUUAAGCAAUGAGUUUCCCAACACAAUAGUCUCCCAAAGAUUGAUAAAAGAAUAUUAUUCUGAUCAGUAGAUUGGGUUGAUGACUAGGCAGGAUUUUUCUCGAGGCCGGCGUAUCGUUAAGCUAACCAGGCUUUGCCCAGACGGGCCACUUGCUUUUUUUUCCAAAGAAGUUUUUAAUUAGUGUUUUGAUCGGUUAAAUCAGUAAAAGUGAUAUUUUUCACUAAUGAACAAUUUUGAAAGUUUUCAUCAGUGAACAUGAUGUGUUGAUGGGAUAACGUCCGAACAUAUUCCGCAUUCCGAGUUAGUACAACUCGUACAUGAUAGCUCAUGAAGACAGAGAAGUGGCUUGAUCAACAUUAACACCUGACUUGGUAAGAUAGCUGGCGAUACUAAAAUGGGACAAAGAAAACACGGUGUUGACAGGAAAGCUGUACCAGGAAAUCAUUCUGCCCGAAAAACAAUUCACAAAAACAAAGUAAGGAAAAGAAUUAAAGCAAAAAGGAGAAAAAAGCGAAAAAAGAGUCAUAAACAACAGGAUUGUGAUAAACAUGUUGGGGAUUCGAAAGGUACCAGACAUGGAGAAAGUACUAAUAAAAGAAUGGGAAAUAGCAAUGGCAGUUCGAAGCAGACAGACGACUGGAGUAUUGACAAAGCACAUCAGAAUUAUAUGAUGAAAGAUCUUCGUGACAAACAAAGGCCAAUGAUCAGCAUGCUUGAUGACUUUUUAACGCCAGAGAAGCAUGAUACAUGGAAACAAUUUCUAAACCUGAUGGAAGGAAUUGUGCAUAUUCCACGUGGUUCGUUAGAAAAGGCUAAAGAUAUUAAAGAUAUAAUGUUUAUUUUGAAGACAGAAGGAUAUUAUAAAACACGCAUCCAAGCUCACACCUGUCUCAUGAAAAUUAUCCGGAGAAUCGAUUCGAAUUUUGCAAGGAAAGUUGACCCUAUUUUCAAAAACAUUGUUAAAUUAGACCAAAAGAGUAAAGCAAUUAAGGGACUAGCAGAGAAAGAAAUGACCGAAGAUGAAACGGUAUUUCAGGCUGGACAAGUACUGUGCACAUGUGCCCUCCAUCAAAACCAAUCGAUCUAGAAACGGAUUAUAUUUAUCGGACUGAACAAGGAAAUUCGAAUAUGCGAUGUGCAGUGGAGAGGAAACAGAAACAUAGAUUAAAUCGUAGGACUGGUGAAAAGGAAACAAUCGACAAACAAAGUUUACAAGGAAAAUCAAAUGCCUUAAGAAAAAAACAGAAACGAAGAAAAACUUCAGCAGUUAAAAGAGUUAGAAGUUUAUGAAUAAAUCUAACGGCAACAAACCUUACAAAUAACAGAGUAAAUGGAAUGAUGCAUCGGUUAGAAAGUUUUGGUAAAUGGCAACAUAGGAAAGUCCGUACAGGUCCGUUAAUUGACGGUGGUUUUUCCUGUACGGAUCCUCGAUCCAGUGUAGUGGAAUGUAGGGAAUGUGGGAUUGUACUAGAUGUUUCGGACUUAAACGUUAAAAAUCCACUGGAAUACCACAGGACAGUAGCACCCGGCUGUAAAUUUGUUCAUGAAGAGGACACUCGUAACACUAAUAGGCAAACUAUGGAUACACCCAACACUUAUAUUCAACCGUCUUCAGGACAUCAUCCAAAUUGUGACUAUAGAAAGAUUGUUCUAGUACCGUCAGCCAGUAAUCUUCAACCUAUAGAUACUGUGUCUGCUACAAAUUCAUUCACUGAAGGAUUAGUAACUAAAAACAACCAGCAUGACGCUGGUGCACUAAACGAACAAGAGAAAGAAAACACCAUGCCAAGAGAUGAAGGUGGUAAUCUUAUAUUUUCUACGAGAAACCCAAUCUACACAGAGGAGAACGAUCGACGUGAAACAUUCACAGUCUGGCCACAUCGAGCUGCACAUGAUAUUGAUAUUUUGGUUAACGCCGGUUUCUUUUACACAGGUACUGAAGAUAUUGUGAGAUGUUUCUACUGUGAUAUCGGACUUGCGGAAUGGAAUCCAGAUGAGGAUCCCUGGGUAGAACACGCCCGUCAUGGUCCGGAAUGCCCAUAUCUAAGGGACAAGAAGGGUCAAUAUUACAUCAAUAACAUUCAGGCGCAAUGGGCACGGAUUUUUACGCCGAAACAUCCUCUUCAAACACAAUCAGAAUUCAGAAGAAGAACUUUUGAAAAUGCUGGCUGGCCGAGGGAAACCGUACUACAAACACCAGAACAGCUCGUAGUUGCAGGCUUUUUCUACACGGGGAUGGGAGAUACUGUCCGGUGUCACUACUGUGACGGCUGCCUUUUGAAGUGGGAACAUGCAGAUGAUCCCUGGGUAGAACACGCACGCUGGUUUCCGUAUUGCAAUUUUGUACUGAAGAUUAAAGGAAGAAAAUUCAUUCAAGCUUCUACUGCUAGAAGUGCCGCAUGCGGGCUACAAACACCUGUCACCCAACCUGCAGCAGCGCUGGGCAACGAGGAUACUUGGAUAAUUAGCUUCGUUGAUGCAUGUAAAAUAUUGGAGCAAAGAAACCCGAUGCAUUCUGCUGCAGCCAGGAGUAUGAAGGAGAUGGGAUAUUCAAGAGCAACGAUAAGGGUGGUUAUCAAAACAUUUAUAGAUCUUACAGGGAGACAAGACUGUAAGGCUGCAGACCUGAUGGACAUAAUCAUUGAGAUGGAAGAGGCAGGUCAGUUGUUAACAGAUAAUGAUGCCAGUGGAUUGGCAUCGAACGGUUUUCCAAUCAAAAUGAUUAAUGAUGAUGAUGAUGAUGAUGAUGAUGAUGAUGAUGAUGAGGUUCUUGCUGUUGAGGCGAUCAGGGAAGAGAUCGAACACCUGCGGGAGAAGACCAAGUGUAUCGUUUGUGACGAGAAGGACAGAUGUAUUGUGUUUCUUCCCUGUGGGCACAUUCUCACGGAUCAGAAAGACGAGGAUGAAACUGACACGAUUCCCUGGCCAGACGGUAUUGGUACAAAGGCCGAUGAUAAGGGGGAACUAUAAAAAUGAUCCAGCAAAAACAGUUCCAAGCAUUCAGAAACCGAGUUUAAGGACAAUGAUCUGAUAUAGCAUGGCUGUUGUUUCGUAUAAAACGUGUCAUUCACCAUCAGUAUAUACAGCGAACGGUUAAAUUAACCUCUAAAGUAAAGUUAAACUACAUUUACGUUUUUAUAUACAUGUGGACACAGCAUACUAUACCAUCGACAAUGUAAUUGACAAUGUAUGUUAAAAGAACAUCGACCUUCCAUACACUUUCAUCUGCUCUAUACGUUGGUGAAGAACCAUUGUAACACAAUCAACAGUGGGAUGGGCAAGUGACGAAGUGGAUAACGCACUCGCCUUGCAAAACUACGGCAAGGAUUAGAUUCACCGGUCUGACGUGAAAAGGUACAUUGUAUAUGGUCACCAGUUCGACCACGUGGAUUUUUUCUUGGUGGAGACUCCGGUUUCGUUCCACAUGAAGACCGUCGCGCGCUAACAUGCAGAGCAACAAGAGUGAUUAAUUGAGGUUGUUUUAUAUAAUUGUUAUGAAAUAAACAAAGACUAUAUAUGUAUAUUAAUCAGUAAUGAUCCACGCGUACAAGGAUAAGUUUGAUUUCCGAUGCAAUUGUUUGCACAUUUGAAAAUGAUGAAAUCGUCAUAGCAUUACGACUUUCAUGUGACGAAUCAAAAUGGCACUCUAAAUGUAGAUUUUUCAAAAGUGUAAAAUAAUCAAGUUAUUAAAGAUUGAUAAGGAACAGAUUUUAAACGAAAUAUAUGUAGACUUUAUAUUAUUUGAGAAGUUUAGAAUAUUAUUAUUUGGUUACCAGUUAUCACGUUUCAGGUGUAGUGGUAGAUAUCAGGGUAUUGAAUCUACAAGUAUUUAACAUGCAGAGCAAAUAUUAUUUUGUAUCAGAUACGUAAAAAAUAUAUACAAGUAAUCAUGCGAUAUCCUGUAAGUUAAAAUGUGUAUGAUCUUAGUCUCUUAACCGUGAGUCUUUGAAAAAAUAUAGACAAUUUAAACAUAGAAUGUAACCUGUUUCUCACAUGAAUGCUAUACACGCCUUUGAAUAUGUUUCAUUAAGCGCCAAAAGUUCUUCCAGACCCUUUUAUGGUAUUUCGUGAAUGAAAUGUUGCAUAUGAUAACGUCAGCAUCGAAUUGCGACAGUAAUCUUCUCAUCAAUUCGAAAUAAAAAACAAAUUCCAAAAAUGAUUAGGGGACAAUUACAGAUAUGAGAUAUGAGUGUAACUUAGCAAAUUUAUUAAUGGAACUGAAGAAGACAGGAUGAUUCAUAAUUCAAUGAAACGGUUACAAAGGAUAGUGUACUGUGAACGAAAAUGUGAAAGCGCAAGCGAUAUAAACACACUUGUUUGAGAGAAUACCGUACGAUUUUAAACGACAGUUUAAAUGUAUCAAUCAUAAAUCACCGUUUACUUACAAUCUCAUCAAUUUAUCAAGCAUUCCAUCACUAAGAUCAUUUAAUCAAUUGCCCAUGUUUUGAGUGAGCAAGGGUCCAAUAAAUUCAGCCAAAGAAAUAUAUGUAAAUUGUAACAGAUAUGCUGACUUUGGAAGAAAUGAUAACUACGUUGUGAAAUUAUAAAGGGUAAUAACCACCAAUAUGCCUUAUUGAUUUACCAGUGUUGCAUUGUAUAAAUGUUGUCAAAUAAUGUGUAAUUUUAUUAUUAAUGAAUAAAAUAUUAAUUGUUA